AUUCUAGCUGAAAAUUUAAAAAAAAAUUACUGCACAUCGCGUCUUUCGUAUUCGCAAGAAGAUAUCCGGAAUGUGGAAGGUGCUGAAGACUCGCUCAGCGCUGCUGCUGGCUAUGCUCCUGUGCCCACACGUAGGUGUGGUCAUGGGAGCCCCAAUUCCAGGACCUUUCCUGGGGUUGCUUGGAACCGUGGGUACAACGGCUGGGACAACCGUAGGUGUCACUGCUGGGGCCACAGCUGGGGCUGGAAUACCAGCUAUCACCACGACUGGAAUAAAAGGUUUAGGCGUCCUACCGUACUUAGCUAAGCUAGGGACUGUCGGAAAACUCGGUUUAGGACUCAAGUUUCUCUCCAAAUUCGGUGGAGUUGGUUUGGCUGGACUAGGAGGUCUUGCAGGACUGGCUGGUCUUGCUGGUUUGGCAGGCAAAAAGAGCGAUGAUGGCGGAGAUUAUGACUACGAAGAUGAAUAUGAGUAUCUGCCAGUAUAUACCUACGUCAGCUCCGAACACUACGGAGGUGGGUACGGUGGGUACGGAAAUUCUGUGGCUAGAGGCGGUGAUUCAAGCAGAGGGUAUGAUGAUGGGUACUCUUCUCGUACCUACAGGAAAUCUUCAAAUCCAAACCAAUACAGCACAGGAAAUUAUUUCGAAACACCUAGGAGCAAUAGGGUGCCAUCACGUUCAGUCUCGAAGUAUCGCGGUGAAGGCACAGCAUCACCACGAAAAGCCCCAAAAGUUCCAGCUCGGACCAAACGGCAAAACCGAGCUUCAGACUACUCCUCCAGAUCCUCAGAGUCGCUGCACUCCGGCCGAAGAGUUCAGAAGAGGAGGCACACAGAAUAUCCUACUCUAGUGAACGAACCAUUCGAAGCUAACUUUAACUCGGAUAAGUUUGACACAGUCGACGAAUUUCAUUUCGGUCGCAGCUACAUCGACACUUCUCCCGUUGAGAUUAUUUAUGACUAUUGAAGGACAUACACAGCCAAUGAUGUUUGUUGUACAAAGAGGAUGUCAGCUAUUGAGGGUGUGGGACGAAAUAUGUGUGCAAUUAUGGAUAAAAUAAAUGAAUAUUAUCACUGACAAAAGAUGUGCUCGUCGUAAAUUAAUAUUGAAUCAUCCGGGUACAUGAACAGAGAUGGCCUAUUUAUUUUUAAAUUUAUAUUUAUUUACUCGUAUAAGUAACCUAUACUGAAUAUUGUUAUAUUUAUGAGAUAUCAACUUGUGAGAUAUUAGCCACUAACUUUAAGGUAAUCUUCGGUAUACUUGGCGCAAUUGUUCCUCAAAAUAAUAAAAGUAUUAGUUAAGGAUUAUGUAUUUUGUCACAUUUGCUUGAAAUUUCCAUCGUCAUCCACACUAUAGCCAGUAAUACGAGAUGCUCGAUAAGAAUGUUUCUAAAUCUAAAAAAGUAAAUUCAUAUGUAGCCCAACCACUGUUUUAGGCGGAGAAAAUGAAUUUUUUGAAAAUUUUAUUGAAAUUAUCGGUUUCAUUAAAUCAAGUGUAUAUUAAAUACCAUGAAGUAGGAAACAUCGUUGAGCGUUACAAAUACGGCUAUUUAGCAUUAUUGAGAAUCAAAUCUAGAAUUAGAAUGAUAAUGGUUGAAAUGUUGACUUAUUGAAAUUGUUUUUUAUGAGAGCGAUUCUCAUGUUGAACUUUUAUUUCGAAAUGUUGUCAUCAUUUGUUAUUAUUGUUGGUUAUGAGUAAUAGUUACAUCCUGCUCUCAAGUCAUGCAGGUUCAUUACACUUUAGAAAAUGAAGCGAAUUGGUAAUUAAAAUCAAAUAAUAUGAAAUUUCCGGACCAAAGUAUUUUUGCAUCAUAUAAUUAGUUUAAUUUUGUUUGUAAAAAUGUACUGUCAUUCAUUAAAAAUUUCGCUAUAAACUAAUAAUUCAACUUCCGACUGUGAUGCGCACAAAUGUUAAUCUAUCUAAUUUGUCUCUGGUAUACUUUGAAUUUAUCAUCCAAACUUUCUAUUAUAAUUAUUCUAAAUUCGAAUGUUCGAUUACAUGUUAUGUUGUUUCCGUAAAUUUUAAACGGUUGUUUCCGUAUAAAAUUUAUUGAAGUUUAUACAAAGUUUAUAAGUCCUUAAAAUUAAUGUAAGAUGUUAGUGAACUUCAUAUUUCGUUUGAUGGUAUUGCUCUUUUUCAAUACAAUUGUGCCCAAUUGCAUUUAUUUUGGUUCAAAAAUAAAUCUGAAAGCCUU